AUGGCAACACAAAACACUAACAUAAUGCCCUCGUCUCCUCGGUUGUCGGAAACUACCCUGCAGAAUCAGGCGCCCUUUAACAACGAAAAGUCAGACUUGGAGGAUGGUAGCACACAGCUUGAAGCUAAGCCCGCGGCUGGUGGACCGCCAGAUGGUGGUCUCACAGCUUGGCUUGUCGUACUUGGCGCAUGGUGUACCAGUUUCUGCUCCUUCGGCUGGAUCAACAGUGUGGGAGCUUUCCAAGAAUACUAUCAGAACGACCUCUUAAAGGGAACCUCACCAAGUACUGUUGCUUGGAUCCCUUCGCUACAGAUCUUCUUCAUCAUGGGUACGGGCCCUAUCAUCGGAAAACUCUACGAUACCUACGGUCCUCGAUAUCUCAUUCUUGUUGGAACUUUCCUGCACGUUUUCGGUCUUAUGAUGGCUUCGAUUAGCACCGAGUACUACCAGAUUCUUCUGUCUCAGGGUGUAUGCUCUGCAAUUGGUGUCUCUGCUAUCUUCCAACCAGCUUUAUCCACGAUUCACGGAUGGUUCGACAAAAACAGAGGAGCCGCCUUUGGUAUUCUCUCCACUGGAUCGAGUCUGGGUGGUGUCAUCUUCCCCAUCAUGGUCACCCGUCUCAUCAAGGAGGUCGGAUUUGGUUGGUCCAUGCGAAUUUGCGCCUUUAUGAUCCUCUUUCUUCUCAUCAUCGCCAAUCUCACCGUCAAGUCUUUGCAUCCACCAAACCCUCAGAAGGUCAGCGGCGCUCAGAUGCUCAAGCCGUUUCGCGAACCCGAAUUCAUCUUCUGUGCCCUGGGUUUCUUCUUCUUUACUUAUGGACUUUUCAUCCCUAUCGAUUACCUACCUGUUCAAGCACUAUCGGCCGGCUUGGACCCUGGUCUCGUCCAGUAUCUCAUCCCCAUCCUGAACGCCGCCAGUCUCUUCGGACGAAUUACGUCAGGAAUCCUCGGCGAUAGGAUCGGAAAGUAUAACAUUUUUAUCGUCGUGUGUUACCUAUCUACGAUUUGGAUCCUGGCUCUUUGGAUUCCUUGCAACACCCAGAACGGUAUCAUCGCCUUUGCCGCCCUUUUCGGCUUCAGCUCCGGCGCCUACGUUUCUCUCAUUGCACCACUCGUGGCGCAGAUUUCACCUAUUCAGGAGAUCGGAUUCCGCAGUGGCAUUGUGUUCUUCAUCUCGUCUAUCGGUGGAUUGACCACUAGCCCUAUCAAUGGCGCAAUCCUCGAGAGACCUACUCAUUGGCUCGGGGUGAAGGUGUUUGCUGGCGUCUUUUGUUUUGUCGGAACCACAUUUAUCGUAUGCGCUAGAGUCCAUCGUGUUGGAUGGAAGCUUAACGCUACCUUUUAG